AUGAAGGCCGCGUGCGUACUAAAAGGCUUUAAGCCAGGCAGUCCACGAUUUGACACUGAAGCAGCGCCGAAAGCGUCCAUACUCCUGACGGUCCGCAGCCGCAGCCUGGCUAUCCUGCAGGUCGCCCUCGAAGCUGCAGGCUUUCCGCUCACAGACGAGGUCUUCAUCGCAACAGCCGAGCGCGGCAGCAUGGGGGUGUGCCAGUGGUUCAUAAAACGGGGCGGCCCUGUUAGUGUAUGGGGCGGUACACAAGCAGCUGCCGGCAACGGCGACCUUGACAUGGUGCGGCGGCUGCUGCAACGGGUAAUGUCCUCAAAUACUACAGGCAGCUGGUGGGUGCCAGGGCCUUGGUUGCGGCUGCUCAUGCUGGAGCUCCUGGAGGGCACGGUGUCGGUGCUGCUUGACAAGGGGUCUUGCUGCUGCAGCCCGGGGUGGAGAUGUUGGAGGCGGCAGAAGUGCAAGUGGAGGCGGCAGUUGGAGGCGGUUGGAGGCGGCAGAAGUGCAAGUGCCCCGCGCUCCGGAGUCCUUACAGCCAAAGUUUUCAAGGGUGCUGCGUAUGGCUUCAACCUGGCGAUGUUGCAGCAGCUGCACCGGAAGACAGCGGCGGUGUCCUCAACUGCUGGCAGCAGUGGUGGCAGCAGCCUGCUGACAGACGUCCUACUGGAGGCGCUGUCGAGCCCAACCUCCUGA